UCCCAGUGAGGUUGCCGUAGCGUUUCCGCUGCGGAUUUACUUCCGUCGGCAAGUUUGGUUGCCACAAUGGCGACGUACGUGGAAAUACUGCGGAGCGAGUUUCCUGAGAUCGACUCGGAGUUGUUCGACUACAUCACAGGCGUGUUGGACAAUGGUGGGUCUGACUUUGAGGAUGGCGAGGAGGUGUUUGACGCCAUUGGUGGAGUCCUGCAGGAAGUGUCACCUGACAGUAAAAAUGAAGAUGACGUCAGAGACAUCUGUCUGCAGAUGUUCAACACACUCCAGCUGAGCCGCUGUCCUGCUGCUCAUCGUCAGGUGUUGCUGGACGCGCCGGUGCAGCUGUCGCAGAUGUCGACGGACACGACGCCGGCUGCCAAAGACAUGCAGGGAAUCUGGAUGAUGAAACGUCCUCAGAACACGACUGUGGACGCCAAGAAGCUGGAGAAGGCCGAGGCCAAGUUGAAAGCCAAACACGAGAGGCGGAACGAGAAGGACUCUCAGAAGGCGUCCAGCCCGCUUGUCCUGGAGGAGGCGUCUGCCAGUCAGGCCAGCAGUAAAAAAGAUGGGCGAGUGGACCAGUCGGGGAAGAACCGCAGCUACGACAUCCGCAUCGAAAACUUUGACGUGUCCUUCGGAGAGAGGUGUCUGCUGCAGGGGGCGGAGCUCUCGCUAGCGUCCGGCCGGCGGUAUGGCCUGAUUGGUCGAAACGGGCUGGGCAAAACAACGCUGCUGAAGAUGCUGGCCAGCCGCAACCUGCGCGUCCCGCCGCACAUCUCCAUCCUCCACGUGGAGCAGGAAGUGGCCGGAGACGAGACGGCGGCGCUGCAGAGCGUCCUGGAGAGCGACACGUUGCGGGAGGAGCUACUGAGCGAGGAGCGGCACCUUAACGCUCGCAUCGCAAACGGAACAGCCGACGGGAUGGAGAGCGGCCGCCUGUCGGAAAUUUACGUCAAAUUGGAGGAGAUCGAUGCUGACAAAGCCCCGGCCCGAGCCUCCAUAAUCUUAGCUGGUCUUGGAUUUUCUCCCAAAAUGCAGCAGCAGCCUACUAAGGAGUUUUCAGGAGGAUGGAGGAUGAGGUUGGCCUUAGCAAGAGCUCUAUUUGCUCGGCCCGACCUGCUGUUGCUAGACGAGCCGACCAACAUGUUGGAUGUUAGGGCCAUUCUGUGGCUGGAGAACUACUUGCAGACGUGGCAGUCCACCAUCUUAGUCGUCUCCCACGACCGAAACUUCCUGAACGCCGUGGUGACCGACAUCGUCCACCUGCACUCCCAGAGGCUGGACUGUUACCGUGGCGAUUACGAGAACUUUGUGAAAACCAAAGAAGACAGACUGAAAAACCAACAGAGAGAGUAUGAGGCCCAACUGCAGUACCGGCAACACAUACAGGUGUUUAUUGACAGGUUUCGCUACAAUGCAAACAGAGCAGCUCAGGUUCAGAGCAAACUGAAACUGCUGGAGAGACUGCCAGAACUGAAACCCAUUGACAAAGAAGCUGAAGUGGCUUUGAGGUUUCCAGACAAUUUUGAGAAGUUGUCCCCUCCCAUCCUUCAGUUAGACGAGGUGGAGUUCUACUACACUCCCGACCAGCGCCUAUUCUCUGGGCUCAAUCUAUCAGCGGACCUCGAGUCUCGGAUUUGCAUCGUUGGCCAAAAUGGUGCCGGGAAGAGUACCAUUCUCAAACUGCUGAUGGGCGAGCUGACGCCGGUAAACGGAAUCCGCCAAGCUCACAGGAACCUGAAGAUCGGAUACUUCAGCCAACACCACGUGGACCAGCUGGACUUGAACGUCUGCUCUGUGGAGCUGCUCCUCAACAAGUUUCCUGGUCGGACCGAGGAGGAGUACCGACACCAGCUAGGAGGCUACGGCAUCACGGGGGAGCUUGCCACCAGGCCCGUCGCCAGUCUGUCGGGAGGACAGAAGAGUCGAGUGGCCUUCGCCCAGAUGACCAUGUCAUGUCCCAACUUCUACAUCCUGGACGAGCCCACUAACCAUCUGGACAUGGAGACCAUCGAGGCUCUGGCAACAGCCCUCAACAAGUUCAGAGGUGGCGUCAUUCUGGUGUCACACGACGAGCGUCUGAUCCGGAUGGUCUGUAAGGAGUUGUGGGUUUGCGAAAGCGGGAAAGUUUGGCGCAUGGAUGGUGGCUUUGACGAGUACAGAGACGUCCUGCAGGAGCAGUUCAGGAAGGAGGGCUACCUGUGAGACCACGCCACCUGUCUGCUGACCACACCCAUUGACAUCAACACCGCCUUCAGUCUUGUCAGCCAACCGGCACACCCAUUGACACCAACCCCGCCUUCCGUCUUGUCAGCCAAUCAGCUAUCAGAGUGGACUGUGUGACCUCUUGCUUCAGGUCAUGACCUCUGUGAGCCGACUCGGUUUUGUGAACUCUGGAGGGUGAGGAGUUUAUUUAAACCCUUUCAGUUUUAGUCAAAACAAAUAAAGCUGACACAUUGUGGAACUUGCACACUUCCUGUUUCCUUUAUGAAGGUCACAGGAUGUGUCAGUACACUUCAAUAAGUAUACUGUGUAUUUAGUUCCUGAGGGUGCGAUUUUUGACAGGGUACUGCUGUCCCAAAUCCUUUACUGUUACACACUUACAAAUAGCCAAGAUGGGGAAAAUUGAGGGUGAUUCAUUGUGCAUCACUGCGUACUCACUAUUUUGGGUGUUUUGAGUAGCUGGCGCACAAUUCCCUACUUAGCAUGUGUAGUGCACACAACAUACAGUGCAUUGUUCCACUCCACACCCCCAAUGCUGUGUGUGAUGGAUCCUAACCACCCCUGAUCAUCACCAUCUUGGCUGCAUAGCAGAAGGGGAGAGAGUAAUGAGAGAGGUUGCAAUUCACAAUAACAAGGAGGCAAGAAGCGGAUAAAUAUUGCAUUCCCAGUUGCCGGUAAGUGCGCAACAACUCGAUUUAGUCCCUCCCCUUCUAUGUAGCCAUACUAUGUAGCUAGCUAUGUAUGAGUAAGGUUAGUAAGUGUCCAUCGCCACAUACUCAUUAGGUCUGUGUUAGUGCAGUACUGACAGAGCACUGCAUUUUGACAUACAGUACUUGUAUGUGCGGAGGCACUUAUGUAAUCAAAAUGCGAAGUGUGCGAUUAGGAACACCGCCAUAGUCUUGUGUAUUUUGCUGCAUAGACUAUAGUUAAUUUAUCACAACUUUCUCAACCAAGACAUAUUUAAAAAAAAAAAAAGCAAUGUGCUUUAUUGUUAUUGGUUCCAGAACCCUUGAAUACAGCACUACAUUUAACAUUACACAAAAUUACAGUUUUCUAUUACAUAAUCAGGCACAGGUCACUUUAGUCUUGCGUCUUUGUGGCCGUCCUGGUCCAGAUUCUCAGUACUGGAAGCUUCUCUUGGUUUGAAUGUCAUCCAGGAUUUGUUGUAGUUCCUCAUCCUCAAAGCGGCCCUCCAAGCUGCAUUAAAAAAACAACAACAAAAAAAAAAACAAUUUAAAUGGUUGGUCACGUGUCCUUUAAAUGGGCGGGAACAGGAGCUCUCAGGACUCACCUGGGGAUGAGGGCCUUGGCUUCCUCCGCAGCCUCGGGACACAGGUUCGCCAGGCUAGCCAGCUCAAACUUGUGCAACUUCUUCUGCAGGAGGAGGCUGGUGGGGGUGGGUUGAACACAUCAGGAGGAGUAUUGGUUUACAUCUUACGUUUUUAGUCUGGCACCAACCUCCGCACGGCGGUGAUGGUCUCUCUAUUCUUGAAGCGGCUGAAGCGGACCGUGUAGUUUAGGGUCUUCAUGAAAACCUCUGAGAGUUCCUGCUCGUCCUCGACGCUCUCGUUCUGCUGCUUGCGAUGCUCCAGCAACAUGUGCACCUCCGAAUUGAGCAGCGUCUCCGAAUUCUCAAACUCUGGUGUGACAACACACAGGAAACCAAUCUAGUACGGCAACAAAAGUGCCAUUUGGAAUAAACGCAAGAUGACUACAUUUCGCACAUGGCUCCGACUGAUGUAGCUAGCUGCACAGUAACGUCCAUGUUUUUUGCUGGAAAGUUAAUAUGAUCAGUGUAUCCUGGACGGAUAAAGAUGACCGUUGAGACCUCUAGGGAAGAGAAAUAAAGACAGACUGACCGUUGAGGAGACCUCUAGCAAAGCGUAAUAAGACUGAAGGACAAUUGAGGAGAACUCUAGGAUAGAAGAAUAAAGACUGAGCAUUGUGGAGACCCCUAGGAAAGAGGACUAAAGACAGGUGGAGCACGGGGACUACAGACAAAAGGAGCGUUCAGGAGACCCUGGAAAGCAGAAUAAAGGCAAUGAUAGUUGAGAAGUCCUUUAGCAAAGAGUAAUAAAGACAAGGAGUGUUGAGAAAGGGAGCGCUGAGAAGUCAUUUAGGAAACAGGAAUAAUGAGGAGCGUUCAGGGAACCUCCAGAAAAGCGUAAUGAAGAGAAAGGAAAAUAAAACUAAGACCAGGGAAAAUGAGAAGGAGCGGUGAGGAGACCUUUAGGAAAGAGCAGCUGAGAUGCGUCUUCUUCCACAUCGCCGGCAUGAGGCGCGGAGCCCGUGGCCGCCAUCACAGCAGCCGUCGGCCAGAGGAGAGCCGCGCUCGGACCGGAGAGGACACAACCGUCUGGUACCGCCCAAAAAUCUAACCGGGGGGAAAGGUCCCAAGUGAGAGGAGGUCAGCAAGAAGUUGAAUUUUGGACGCUGGAAAGCGAGUCAACACAAUCCCUCUUUGAAGUCCACAGUCACUUCCGGCCUUUUCCGGUAAA